CGCUGUCAUCAUCUGCGGCAUCGAUCGCGGUCUUCUACAGCAGCUAUAAAGAGCAAGGCAGAGACCAGAAAGAGUGUGAAAGUAGUAUUGUCAGGAAGCAAUGACGGACCCGAGACAAGGCCCCGAGAAGGGCGUGACCUAUGCUGCUCAGGCAUCACUCAAGAAGCUGCCCAUCCCAGCACUGGAAGACUCAAUUAAGCGCUACCUAUCCUCCGUCAAGCCAUUUCAGAACCCUGCAGAGUACAAGAAAACAGAAGAGGCAGCACAGGCCUUCUUGAAAGAGGAUGGCCCUGUACUGCAGCAACGGCUGCUCGACUAUGCAGCCGACAAGGAUUCCUUCAUUGAACAGUUCUGGUUUGAUUCCUACCUCAACUUUGAUAAUCCCGUUGUCCUCAAUCUCAAUCCCUUCUUCCUUUUAGAAGAUGAUCCAACACCUGCACGCGCCAAUCAAGUCACACGCGCGGCAUCGCUGACCAUCUCUUCACUUUGUUUCGCGCGUUGCCUCAGAAGAGAAGAAUUGCCGCCAGAUCAGGUUCGUGGGCAGCCACUAUGCAUGUAUCAGUAUUCUCGCAUGUUUGGUACCGCACGGAUACCAACAGAUCAUGGCUGUCACAUGGAAACAGAUGCACUCUCAAAACACAUUGUCGUGUUGUGUCGCUCCCAAUUCUACUGGUUCGAUGUCUUGGAUGAGAAUAGCGACAUCAUCCUCAGUGAAAAGGAUCUGGCGGAAAACUUCCGAGCCAUCAUUGAAGAUGCUUCUGCCAUCCCUGUUGGCGAAGCUGCUAAAUCUGCCAUGGGCGUGUUGACGUCUGAAACGCGUCAAGUGUGGGCUGACUUGCGGAGUAAGAUUCAAUCUGACCAAGAUGGCUCCAACAACAAGGAAUGUCUAUCCAUUAUCGAUGCUGCCUUGUUUGUUGUUUGCCUGGAUGACUCUGAACCGCAAGGCAAAGCGGCCGUCUCAGCCAAUAUGUUGUGCGGUACCUAUGAUAUUGCCACCGGUGUCCAGAUUGGUACCUGUACGAACCGUUGGUAUGAUAAACUCCAGUUGAUUGUCUGCAAGAAUGGUUCAGCAGGCAUCAAUUUCGAGCAUACAGGCGUUGAUGGCCAUACAGUCCUGCGCUUCGUCUCUGACAUCUAUACUGAUACAAUUAUGCGCUUUGCAAAGACGAUCAAUCCGGCUGCACCCAAUCUUUGGCCGAGCAUGUCGCCUGACCCAGCGAAACGCGAUCCCGAGUCCUUUGGCGAUGUUGAUUCAACGCCACACAAGCUAGAAUGGACACUUGACCAAGAAUUAUCCAACGGUAUCCGAUUUGCAGAAACACGACUCAGUGAUUUGAUUUUGCAGAAUGAGAUUUGCGUUUUGGAAUUCACUGGAUAUGGCUCCAACUACAUGAAGUCUUCUGGCUUCUCUCCCGAUGCCUUUGUGCAAAUGGCCUUUCAAGCUGCCUAUUAUGGUCUCUAUGGCCGUGUCGAAUCUGUGUAUGAGCCAGCCAUGACAAAACAGUUCCUACACGGCCGAACAGAGGCUGUGCGAAGUGCUACAGUGGAAUCUGUCAAUUUCAUCAAACGCUUUUGUGAGAAUGUCAAUCCGGCCAUCAAGGUGGAUGCAUUACAAAAGGCAUGUAAGCGGCAUACGGCCAUCACUCGAGAGUGUGGACAAGGUCAGGGACAAGACCGGCACUUGUAUGCGCUGUACAAGAUGCAUGAGAUGCGCGUUGCAGCAGAAAAGAAGGAAGGACGACACUCACCGGGUGCUUCCGAUGUGACUGUACCAGCACUCUUUGCUGAUAUCGCAUGGGAACGCGUCAACAAUACAAUCCUAUCAACCAGUAACUGCGGUAACCCUGCUUUACGCAUGUUUGGCUUUGGUCCAACGAGCCCUGAAGGUUUUGGUAUCGGCUAUAUCAUCAAGGAGAAUAGCAUCUCCAUUUGCGCAGCGAGCAAGCAUCGACAAACUUCAAGAUACUUGGAGACCCUCUCGAAUUACUUUCUUGAAGUACGCGCCUUGAUUCGACAGGUGAGUGAAGUGCGCGGCAGUGCGAAACCACAAGCUCGACCGGAAAAUCAGCAACGUACCCGUCGUAGUGGGAGGAAAGUCGCUAUUGCAACACCUGCUGCUGGCGAGGAAGAAGAGGAGCAGCAGGAUGGGAUGUUGGGUGGGUAUGGGUACUUUGACAUGGAGAGUUUGACGCGCGAUAUGCAGCGUCAGCAAAUGGCGAGACAACAGAGUCGUGAGGAGAUGGGCGGGAAUGCACAGCGUCGACAUGCUGUCGGCAAGCGUCUGCAAUUGGGCGAGUAUGCAUCAUAGCGAGCUGGGCGCGUGAUAGUAGAUGAGAUGUUUAAAAGAUGAGUCCCCAGAGAAAGUAGAGCGCAAGGACAGCACCGACGACACAAGCGCUUGCUUUGAGCUGCCAUUUGAAGCCAUUGGUAGAGGCGACACGACCGAGCUUGUUGGCUGUGGCUUUGAUGCUUGUGGAGAAGUUGCUGAAGCGUUCGGCCUUGG